UGAUGUGAUCCAACUUAAAAAAAAUAAAUGAAUGAAGAACAAAACAAAUAUAUCUCAAUAUUACGAUUUACUUGUUAUAAUAUCCACUACUCUCAACACUUCCAUACUUUCUAGAUGUGUAGGCAUAGCCCUAGUUUUCAAACAGAUAAAUAUAAGCCAAAUUUAUAUUUAUUUAUUAUUCAAUUAACUCCUCCAGGCUUAGCCCACAAUUGUUUUCUAUUGCAAAAGUGAGACUAAGCCCGCACAUUCUAGAAAUUAAAGCAUUUUUAGACUAGUGAAUUCAAAAAUAAUUAUAAGUUGCGAAAGUAUUAGUAAUAUAUAAAGACUGAUAAACAAUUCAAAAACAUUUCGCUCAAGUUAGCUGAGUGAUCUUGCAGCGACCAAAGCCAGCGUAGACGAGAUGUUUUCAAAAAUAAUAUAAUAGGGUUACCAUGCGACUACACCUUUUCCUCUGUAAAAUCAUAUAUUUUACUUUAUACACAUGUGUGUAUGAUCAGAAUUGAACAAGAAACAGUUAAAAACCCAGAAUUUAUUCAUUCACUGUUAUGCAGCGUAAAAAAUUUUGAUUUGUGAGUUAGAUUCACAAUUGUUUGGGUAGCCUUGGUUGAUGUAGUCGCACUGUAAUAAUUACUAUAUUUGAUUUUUUAAUUACUUUACAUGUUAUUCUCUAAUCAGUACCGCAACGUCCUGCUGGUAUCCAUAAUUUUGGAUACUUUAAUUUAUCGAUGGUUCUUAUUUCAUUUCGAUGAUUUUUCGUGUAUGCUAUGCCCAAAAUAAGACAUGAUUCGAUAACUAAAAUACAUUUAACUUUAAUCUUGUAAUAUAUAUUAGCUGAUAAAAAAGAAAGAAAGAAAAUAACGAAAGGAAACUUUUUCAUUAAUAUUAAUGCUAAUUAAAUAAUAUUCCUGGUGUAUACCGGUAAUCGUGGACACGAAAGAAAUUGCGUAGAAUUCAGCCAAUUAAACACAACGUCCGUGUUUUUUAUUUCAUUUUAUUUAUUUUUUAUUUAAUUUUUAGUUCAGUUCUUAUUUACAGUCGAGUUCCGUACCUUUCGCAGACAGGAUCAGAUCGACCUCUCAGUUCCAAUGAAAAGCUGAAUAUCUCAAUGUACGGGCCAUAACAUCGUGCUAGUACCGCGUGGGCCACAAUGAAGCCCGCCCUUACUUUUUCUCUAGUUUUCUUAGCCUACUGGUUCGAGCCUACAAUCCAGAUUCUAACAAGGCGGCGAUUUCUCAAAGAAGCAAAAUUCGUUGUAGAUUAUCUACACCAGUUGUCUAUUAUCCCGCUCCGUAUCCACAACGUCAGUAAUUCCUUUCACUGCGCGUUUAAAUGUAUUGAGUUGGAUGAAUGCUUGUCAUUUAACCUGGGGACAAGUCCUUAUGGAGGAUCGAAAGAAUGCCAGCUGUUGUCUUUUGACAAGUGUGAUUCCACACAGCAUUUGAAAGCGAGCAAAAACUUUGAUUAUUACAGUGCUUCCUUGGGAGUGGUCCAAGGAAACAACAAGCCUUGCAAAAAUGGAGGACAAAUUCAGCCUUUCUAUUGGACAGGAACAUAUAAAUGCGCAUGCCCUACUGGGACCCAAGGGAUGCAUUGCGGUAAAAAUAAUAUCUGAUACCUUUAGUGCCUGCAAAUAAUUGAAAAGAAACCAAACCUUAAAAAAAUCAGACGGACGGGCAUAUAAACAGACAAGCAAACAAUCGAACAAACAAUCAAGCAAAGACCGACAAACAGACAGACGGAGGAAGAGGCAGACAGGCGGACAUUUAGA